AUGAGGCUCCUUUCGAGGGACACCAGCUUCAACACCGUCGCCAGCGCCCUUUCGCUGGCUGCCGCCAACUACAAGCCCAUCCCGCAGCUUCCCACCGCCAACCAGAGCACGGCUAUCUCGGCCGCUAACACUGGCGGUCGCAACACCGUCAACACCCAGCCCAACUCUUUCCAGGUCCAAAACACUGGUUCCACUACCGACUGGACCGCCACUCACAAUUCCUCCGACUGGGGUGUUCCCUCGACACUCUAUGUUCCUGUCGAGGCCCUCAAUCAGACUGCCAGCGCCGACGCCGACCCUGCCCGCAAGCUGGCUUCUUCACGAAAGGUGGGCCCAGGGAAUUGUCCCUACUCCUCCGGCUACACGCCAAACGGUGGAUGGGCCAAGCUUCCGCCUCCCACCUUUCCUGCCUUCGACCCGGUGAAAGCGACCAUCAUGCGCUAUCGACAGCAGCAGGGCGUCAACCUCGGCGCCUGGUUUGUGCAGGAGGGUUGGAUGGAGGGCAACUUCAUGUCGUGUGCCACGGGUACAAAGCAGGCUGAAUUCGACAUCCUCGACGGAUUCGGAACUUCGAGCGACGGCCUCACUUCGGCUCGUGCCUACAUGGAGGAGCGUUGGGACACGUGGAUCACAGAAGAUGAUUUCCGAAACUUGGCCGCGCAGGGCAUCAACACGGUGCGCCUGCCCAUCGGCUACUGGUCUGCCGGUCCCUACUUCACCCACUACAGCCCGUUCGACCAGUACAAGUCGGUCUACGAGUACAGCUGGCGCUACGUUGCGCGAGCCAUCAACUGGGCUGCCAAAUACGACAUUGGCGUCAUCGUCGACCUUCACGGCGCCUACGGCUCCCAAAACGGCCAGGCUCACUCUGGCCUCAACGAUGGAAACAUUGAAUGGUACAACUCGUGGAAUCAGGGCCUCACCACCGAGCUCCUUGUGUGGAUCGCAAAGGAGAUCUCGGAUGUGACCAACGUCAUUGGCAUCGAGCUGCUCAACGAGCCGCAGAAUCGCGACAGCUACUGGAGCUGGCUGCCUACUGCGAUGGAUGCCAUGCGCAACGCUUCCUCGUAUGCCAAGACCAUCCCACUCUACUUCCACGACGCCUUUGUUCUCAGCAAGGGUGCUGCGUUCGUCCAGUCUCGUUCCGACUACGUCGUGUCCGACCACCACGCCUACUACGUCUACACCCCCUCCGAUCAGGCCCUCACGGCUCAGGGACACAUCACCAAGCUCGACGGCUCCAUCUUUACGCAGUUUGGCAAGCAGUCUUCGGUCGCUCGCCGCAACCUCAUCGUUGGAGAGUGGUCGUGCGCCCUGGCUUGGAGCUCCAUCAAGGACAGCAAGAACCCUCAAAAGGACCAGAUGGAGUUCUGCCAGACUCAGCAAGAUAUUUGGCAGACCACCGGCGCUGGUUGGACGUUUUGGUCGUACAAGAUGGAGAACUGCGACCAGAACUCCGGUUGGUGUUUCCAGAGCGCCUCGAACCAGUUCCUGCAGGGCAACUUUUCAUCGUGGGGCAUUCCUGUCUCAUCGGCCUCCCUUGCCGGUGCCGGUAACGUAACGGGAGACAAGCUCGGCUUCGUUUCGCCUAUCCGAACCGAGAUCAGCCGCAUCCAACUUCCCUCCAACAGCACCGUCGCCAAGUCGGCCAAGUCGUUCCUCGCGGUUGCAGCGCAAUCCGACGACGACCAAGACGAUGACGGCGACGACAUCAGCAAGGUCGGCCCACACGGUUUCGGCAACUCGCUUUUGGCUGUCAACGCUUCCGAAGCCUCCCCUUCGCAGCACAAGGUCGAAGAACGCGGUGUCGGAAGCUACACCACCUUCGCCGCACGUCGAGCCCAGCAGGAUCGUCUGCUCACCCGUGCCGCUUCCAACACCACCGUCGGCGACCGCGGCUUUUCGGAUGGCUUCUACACCUCGCGCAUCCUCGCUUCUUCCACCGACUCGCUCUCGCGUCUCGGCUUCGCCAACCAGUACCAGAUGGACACCUUCAACGCGUACGUCACCGCCGGUCAGUUCAAGACCACCGACCAGGCUACCUACAUUGCUCAAUUCGUUGCCGGUGUGCAGGCCGCUGAAAGCGCCAUCAGCUACAUUGUCACCAACUACGCCAACAAGAACUAG